AUGGUGAAAAUCUAUGCUGCCAGUAUUCACAAUAUACAUAAAAAGUUUAGAAUAACUCUUUAUUAUCAAUAUGGUUUGGUCAAUUCAGAAACCAGUAACAGUUUAUCUAGUCAAUCACAGUCAUCAGGAAGCACCAAACAGGACCAAUGUGAUGUAACUCAAGGCAAUCAAUUUAACAGAGGGACCAAAACAAACAACUCUACAAAAUUCAUUCGUUCAUUAGUCAGCAAAAAGGAUUUCAUCUGCAACAAAGUACAGAACUUCCAAAAGAACUUGAGUAGUUUAAGAACCAAGUGCAAUCAAAGUCCUAAAAAAGAGAGGAAGAGUCCAAAACGGGAAAGAAAGAGUCCUAAGAAAGAAUCCAGGAGUCCUAAAAAGGGACCAGAUAAACACUGUAACUUUAUUGAAGAUGAUCCAUUUAAUGAUGCAGAAGGUAGUCCAAUCCAUUUAGAAAAGAUUCAUUCAAUAUGUUCUGAACUCAGUAAUUAUCAGAUAUGUUUUGUGGAACUUGUGGAUGCAGAAGUGAAUGAGGUGGAAGGUGAUGAGUGUCAUGAAAUGGCAGUAAAGAGAAAAACAGGGGUGAUCACUCAGCCACCCCCAGAUAUGGAUGAAACCUAUAGUAAAUCAUGUAGCAAUAAAGAAGAGGAGGAGGGAGGAGCUAAAAAUUAUGUAGAAGAUGAAGCUUUAGGAACUGAACACGACAUGGCUAAAAGUUUAGAUAAGGAAGAAUUGGAUACUGUGACAGAUAGGUUACCUCAAGUAGAAGAUGAUUUACCACUUGGAAGUGAAGGCAAAAAAUUUAAACUUAAAAAAGCUAACACUUUUGCAUCAGAAACAAUAGGGAGUAAGCUGAAUAUGUUGAUAGAUAAAAGAUUGGCAAUGUUAAGAUCUUCACCUCAAGGAGUCAGCUUUGAUUCUAACAAUACCAGUUCCUCUAGUAUCAAUAGUGUUGAUAUGCUUCUUCGAGAACGCAGUGAAGAUCCUGAACAAGUUCUUCUAAAUCUGGGCUUUGGUGGAAGUUUAAACCAAGACAUGGGAAGCACUUAUAAUCGAAUACCAGAAAGAUUCCUGCUUACUAAUUCUCGUGCCAAGGGAAUUAAUUUGGAAGAAUUCCUGGAAGACAAUCCUGAGCUGAAGACUUUUGUGGGAACGUUGAAGAAGAAGGGAUCUCGUUCAGGUCAGUCCAUAUUAUGUAAUAGCAAUAAUAACAACUCUAACAAUAACGUUAAUUGUUGUCAUGAAGCUUCCAUUUUAGAAGUUGAACCAGAAUUUUUAAAUAUGUUGGCAACCAAGGUGCCACCUCAAUAUUGGGAGAUGGAUCAAAACCUAUGUACCACAAAUGUUCCAAAAAGUCAAAUAUUUUUUUAUUCGACGUACUCUGACAGUUCACCAGACGACAUCAAUAACAAUGUGAGUGAAAUUACCUCCAUUAAUGGAGAGGAGAGAAACGAAGAUAUAGAAAUGGAAGAAGAAGAUGCUUUAAGGGAUGGAGUUCAACCUCUUUCGGAACUUCCAUCUGAAUUAUCUUCUGCUUGUUGUCAUGGUGACGGUGGAUCAACCUCUGGUUCUUCAAUAACUUACGACAUUUAUGACAUCGAACUUGAUGAAAAUGAAACAAUUGUUUAA